GCAUACUUCCUCUUCUUGGCUGGGUUAUGCUUCUCCAUAAUGUAAAUUAUAGGGGCAAGGCUUCUAAGCCGGGAUUUUUCUAGGACCAUGAUAUUAAAGUGACGAUUGUUUUCAGCCACCACAUAUAUCAAGGUCCGAUUAUUUGUACGUUGGGAUUGGCGGCAUAUGAAUAUUUUAUGAAUCACACAUGAAUCCUGUUGAUUUUUGCACUUGAAUCAGGACUCAUUUUUAUGUUAGAUUGUUGAACGUGGGCCAAGAUGUUUAAUGUUCAAUGAUUUCGAGAAAUUUAGUUUUUUCAUGAUAAUGCUGAAUGAGCACAAAUGAUCUUUUAUGCAAUGACACAGCGAGAUACAUUAAAAAUGGCACUUUUAACCCUGGGUGUCUAUUGAUAAUGUAGAAAUAAUUUGUGCUUAUUCUUAAGUACAUUUGUACCUUAAUGGAGUAUAACUGUUUCUGAUUAUUAUACUUUUGUUGUUGAAACUACAUAAAAUAACAGCUUAUGCGUAAAUGACUGCCAAACUAAUGUGAUGUGGACUGUUGCUGUGUGUGUCUGUAGGUUGUCUGGCUGUAUGGUGACAGAGGAAGGCUGUGGUUAUUUGUCUUCAGCUCUGAGUUCAAACCCCUCACACCUGAGAGAGCUGGAUCUGAGCUACAAUAACCCAGGGGAUUCAGGAGUGAAGCUACUCUCUACAAAACUCAAGAAUCUGGACAAACUCAAUGUGGAUCAUGGAGAAGAAUAUUACAUAAUUACAGAAGGACUACACAAAUAUACCCAUCAGCUCACUCUGGAUCUGAACACACUGAAUAUACUCCUCCGUCUGUCUAACGGCGACAGAGUGAUUACUCACACUGACACAGAUCACCAGUAUCCUGAUCAUCCAGACAGAUUUGAUGGUGUGCCACAGGUGUUGUGUGAAGAGAGUGUGUGUGGACGCUGUUACUGGGAGCUGCAGUGGAGUGGAGAUGUGGAUAUAUCAGUGUCAUAUAAGAGCAUCAGCAGGAAGGGAGAGGGUAAUGAGUGUGUGUUUGGAUCUAAUGAUCAGUCCUGGAGUUUGUGCUGCUCUCCUUACAGUUACUCAUUCAAACACAAUAACAUACUGACUGAUCUCCCUGUAAAGCCCACAAGAGUGUAUGAUGAUGAUGAUUUCCGCAGAAUGGGAGUGAAGGAGGAGGAUGCUCAUUAUAUCAGAAGUAUAGGAUUAUAUGAUGGUGAUGAUGAUUAUGAUGAUGAUGAUGAUGGUUUCAGUAGAAUAGAAGUGUUUGAUGAUGAGGAUAUUAGGAGAAUAGGAGUGUAUGUGGAUCACAGUGCAGGAACUCUGUCCUUCUACAGCGUCUCUGACUCAAUGAGCCUCAUCCACACAGUCCAGACCACAUUCACUCAGCCGCUCUAUCCUGGGUUUAGUGUUGGUUCUAGAUCAUCAGCGAAACUGUGUGAGACUGACGAGAGAUUCUACCCAUAAUGCUUUGAGCUGCAUGAUGAAUCAGUAACAGUGAAAUGUUCUAUCUAGAGUCUCUUCAUCAGAGGUGGGUAAACCAGGGGCCAAAGAGUAAAAGCCAUAUUUUUGCUCCAUCCAUGAACUCAGCAGCUGAUUUCACCAGAGGAGGAACCAAGUCAUUCCUUUCCAAGACACAAACUAGUCUUGAGUCAAAUCCCAAGUCCUCAAAGAGUUAAAAGUUAAUGAGAUAAUUAAGUGACUAAUUAAAUGAUGAUUGAGCAUUAGUGAUGAACAGCUGCUGUUAACAAUCAACAUCACCGAAGACAAUAGAAACAAAAGAACUACAACUGACUUCAAGCACAGCCUUGGAUGAAAUCAACUGGAAGAGAAAAAAAAAAAAAAAAAAAAAAAAAAAAACUUUGCCACCAUAUUUGUGCUCUGUGUUUGCUUCAGUUGUGCUCUUGAGCCUUUUAACUCCUUUGUGGUCAAAAAUUAGUGAUGGCCCCAGAUUAUUAUUGUUUCACUUUCACAGCAUGUUAAACAUCACUCUCUUACUUGAUCUGGAGAAACUGUGCAUCAGUUGAAAGUUUAAAGACUCUAGCUUUGAUAUUUGACCACUGUUUGAUAAAACUUUGUUGUAGUGAUGGUUAUUUAGUAAUUUAGGUCGGGAGUACAAAAUAAUAAACACUUCCGUGUUGAUAUCUGCCCACAACAACACAGAAAAACCUCUGUACCCAUGAAAUAUCCAAAUAAUAAACACACAAUUAUGUUAAUAAA